AUGACAAAAGGCAGGCAGUUUUCUCCAAACAGCCGUGGUGGAAAAUGGUUCGCUCAUCCAGGCUCAGCGGGGAGUGAGGUGGGAAGUCGAGAGACGUGUACCAGCACUGGCUUCAUGCUGACUCAAGUGAAAUCAACAGUGCCGCCGGCUUUGCGCACGGAGCACUAUCCUAAAUGGAAAUCUCAGCAGCAAUCCAGAGAAUAUCCUUGCUCCAAUCAUGACAACAAAUAUGCCUUGAAAAACAGCGUCUUCUUCUGUAGCGAGGUCCGUGUGCAUCGUAAGCACUUUGAGGACAACCAGCAAAAGUCUCAUUUCUCACUCGACCAUGACAACACGCAACCCAAAGCUGGAGAAGACAUCAGUAUCUUUAAGAGUGAUUACGUUGAGAAGCAGGUCCACAAGACGCCUGCCAACACCAGGUUUCCCCACAACCACCAGGAGCGGUCUAGGCGGGCUGCGCAGGACCAAGCACCGGACUUUAUGUGGUUUGGAAGAGCACGAUCUGUACCUGUGUUUGGAGAACAUCAUACUGCUGCGACUUGA